AUGGCUCUGGCUGCAAUGUAUACCGCAGUUGUGAUCGGUGACGGAUGGGUGAUCAUGCAGAGACGUUGGCCACAAUAUCGUGUGCACUGUCGUAAACCGUACGCUGAAAUGGGUUAUCGAUCUAUGGGUUCGACUAUGAAGCAUGUAGUGUCCGCAUCGAUUGUACUAACGCAGUUCGGUACUGCCGUUGUAUUUUUGUUGUUAUCAUCGAAGAAUAUCGGUGAUUUCCUGCAAGCAUUUUUCGGUGUUCAUGUCUCAUACUGUAUCUUGAUCAUUAUCGUUGGUAUUUCACUACUUCCGUUACUCUUUCUGAAGUCACCACAAGAUUUCUGGUGGGCCGUAGUUGCAGCAAUGAUAACAACAACCGGAGCGUUGAUUCUGCUGGUGAUUGGUGCCGGAAUUGAUUUUCCACUAUGCCAUCCGGUUAGGGGCGAGAAUGAGAAAUCUGUACCUACCAACUAUUUCCUCGGUCUGGGCACACUUCUGUUCUCGUUCGGUGGACAUGCGGCAUUCCCGACAAUUGUGAACGAUAUGAAGAAGCCAAGUCAUUUCGCACGCUCAUCAAUUUUUGCCUUCGGAGCUGCCGGUUGCAUGUACAUUCCCGUAUCAGUGAUUGCCUACGUCGUAUACGGCAAUUCAGUUCGUGAUUCCGUGAUCAAUUCGAUUCAAAACACCGGUCUGCAACAAGCCGUCAACAUUCUCAUCACUUUGCACUGUCUGCUCGCUUUAACGAUCAUUUUCAAUCCGCUCAAUCAAGAGGCUGAAGAGCUAUUCAACGUACCGCACAGUUAG